UCUCAUUACUAUAAUUACGGUGCAUUAGUUAACAUUUUUGUCUCAAGUCUGAACGCGUCUCUUCAUUUCUUUUCACUUCACUCCCUCAAUCACUCAAACUUCUCACACUGAAACCCUAAUCUCAAAGCUCUCAACAAUGGCUUCCAAGAAUCACUAUGUCCAACUACCUUCUGAAUCCCAAAAACCAGUUGCUGAUUCCGAACCAAAUCCCCAACUACAGGCCCGAUCCUCAGCUCAAGCCCAGACCAGUCUUACAUCCGGAAAAAAGCGUGAUGUUGAAGACAAAAAUGCAAACGGAAAUACCUCAAAACGUUUGAAAAAGAAAAAAGAAACUGUUUUUGCCGCUGCUAGUGGUGGUUCUGGUGAAGAGAAGAAUGAUUGCACGGAGGAGAAAAAAUCAAAGAAGAAGAGUGGUGGAAGAGUCUUCAGCGAAAAAGACGAUCUUCUUAUUUUGCGUGGUCUUGCUGAUUUCAUUUCCAAAACUCGAAAGCAUCCUUUGAAGCAUGCAGCUGAAUUUCACUAUUUCAUGCGGGAGGAGAAAUCAUUUCGUUCAGAUUUGAGGAACAGUCAAAUUAAGCGGAAAAUUCGAACUUUAAAAGACAAGUUUGAAAAAAGACGGGUUUUCACUGUACCGCAUGAUAAAAAAGCUUUUAAACUCUUCAAUAAGAUUAUUUGGACAAAUAAUGAUGAGAAUGGAGCUGCAGAAGAAAAUCAAAACGAGGUGGAAAGUAGCGUGGGUUAUAUUUUGAAUGAAAUUUUUAGGUGUGAUGUUGAUAUGGCUUUGGAUUGGAAUGAUGCUAAAAAGGGAUUGAAAUCGACAGAGGAAUCAUCGAGGGCGGAAAUGGAAGAAAAGUGGAGGAAGCUUCAUAUUGAGGAGAUGAACCUCGUUGUGACUCAGACGCAGUACGCUAAGGAUCGGGUCAGGUUGGGCUUGUAGGAUCAUUUAUCUUUCUUAGAUCUGCAACCAUGCACAUUUGGGCAUUAUUGAUGGUUCAUGGAAGUAUGGUAGGAAAGAAUAUGGGGAUGAUCAGAAGCAUAUUUUAUAUCAAACGAGGAGGAUAAAGUAAGCCACACAUUGUAUUGGGGAUGAUAUAGUAAUUUACAUUUUUGCAUUUUGGUUACAAUGACACUGGAAACCGAUGUAAAGGGAUGUAGCGCACGCAGCUUGGU